CCCCUACGUUCGUCGAUCUACAACUUGACGAGCGUUUCGUAUCCACGGCUACCAAGAUGACUUUUGCCCCGAUUUUACGUGGAAUAUCCCUAAAAUGAUGAACUGAGGUGCUUUUAAAAUGUCUCUCGAGAGUUUCCAGGCGUCUCUUGUCCUCGGGAUAGCAGGUAAUGCACUUGGUAGUAAAAACGAGAAAUUGGGAACUGGCAAAUCGAGCGAUGAAAAGCAGAAAAUCAUCGCUGGGCUCGGGGGACUCCGGGCGAUCACGGUGGCUCCUCCCGCCUGGCCCGUCCCGGAGGAAGGGGUGUUUGCGGUCUUUACAAUCGAAGCAUUAGCGACGGGGAAGACGGGCGAUGAAUUGGUACGCGAUGUCGCUAUGCGUUACGCGGAUUGUAUGGCUACUGAUAUGGCCAAUAAACCAAUAAGUACUUACCUUUUGAAUAAAGUAUCUCGUCUCCAACCAGGCGAUAUAGAUUACGGCAUAUUUCAGGACUACGACGACCAUGCAACUCACAGUUCGGCAGCCAUUCGAUGCUUCAGUGUGGGUCUUCGAUUUCACAAAGCGAAACAUGUUCGGGAUCUCAUCGCAGCUGCUGUGGACAUCAGCCGAAUACUCCACCACCAUCCAGUAGCGUAUAUGGGAGGAGUGACGGCUGCGUUAUUCACGUCCUAUGCCAUUCAGAAGAGAGAAUUAAGAGAAUGGGGCGCUGGUCUAAUGGCGACUAUUCCGAUGGUCCUCGAGUAUGUGGCGUCCAGUGGCAAAGUUGUCAUGCAAAAUGGAUCCAUCUAUUCUAUGUCAACGUAUCAGGUUUUUGAGGAAACAUGGAAAGAGUAUCUGAGGAGGAGAGAUAUUACUGACGGUGAGAGGAAACCAAAGUUUCCUAGGAAGUACGACAUGAAGAAGAGGAAUGAACUCUAUCAGAGUCUUACUCUUCCUGAUAAGGAGCUGGGCGCGACUGGACUGGAUGCAACUCUUAUAGCUUAUGAUGCCUUGCUUUCAUCGGGGAGCAGCUGGGAGGAUCUUUGUAACAACUCAAUGUUCCAUGCAGGCCAGGGUAAUGUGUCUGGCGCCCUCGCUGCUGGCUGGUGGGGCAUUCAACAUGGUUUCAGCUCUGUUCCGCUAGGCAACUACAACUCUGUGCACUUCAAGGAUCGCUUGAUGAUUGCGGCUACUAAGAUCUACGAUCUCAGCUGGUAGUGGCGUAUGCGGAUGUUUCUUGGCCCCCUUUUCAUAAAAAUUGUACCAAUGACCGUAUUGACAGCUACUAUUUAAAGCUUCUGAUACCAUGCAUUCAUGCUAUUUGAUUUGCCAAAAUUGAAAGAGUCAUUGAAGAUGACUGUUUGAAAAUCUUGGCAGGUUGGCUGUGCCUCCUUCUGGGCCAAUGUAACCAAAAGCAGCACAGCGUGUGUUGUACUGUGCAUGUGCUGUGCAACUGGCUGAUGGGGGGUAGGGGCAUAAUGGCCGCACUCGACAUACGAUUCCCACCACAGAAUUUUUUUUAACCUUAUAUUUUCUAGUCUUGCACAAUUAUUGAGGCCAAAUUUGGGAUGAAAACAGUUUUGAAUUCAUGAAUAUAUUAGCUUAUGAAUGAGUGAAAUAAUGUUUCACCCCCACUCAGAAUGAACAGAAUAAAAAUAUACCCAGGACUAUUAGGGUUAGUUACUAGUAAUGCAUUGUUAGUGUGUAAUACUAUUUGUCAGAUUCAGUCUGAGAUUUAAAAGGUGAUGCAUGAUUUUAAUGUCAGAAAAAGAUGUAAAAUAUUCAACUUUUGCACUUCAUAUACCCAUCUUUCAUAAAAUAUUGCUACUGUACCUUUAUAACGAAGGUCUGUAGUAUGAAGAAUAUACAGGCAAAGGUUGCCUUUUAUCACAUCAUUAGAGGCUUUGUACUGGUUGUCUAGCAUACCACAUGACUGAAAUCUGCUGAAAAAUUUGGGUUUUGGUCAUUAUACAGUAUUUAUUUCAUGUUAUUUAUAGUAUUCAGUUGUAAAUAUUCUUAAAUAUAAAGUACAUGUAGAUGAGCAUUUAGCUUCGUGUAGGACGAUUUGCACAACUCUUGACUUUAAAAAGCCUUUUUUUUCAGUCAACAUACAAUUACUUUAUUUAUUACAAUUCAUAGGGGUAGUGAACUGUGUUGUCUCUCAUUGACUGUGCGUUAUGAAUGGCUAAUCUUAAAAUAUACCCUUUCCCCUUGAGAUAACUAGUAAUAAAGAGGACAAAUUAGCAUAUUUUAGUUGUGUAGGGGAACUAACAUGCUUUGGAGAGGAAAGGUACCUGUAGACAUUAUUUUUUUACUUUAGAAAAGUACCGGUAAUUAUUGCAGUAUGGUCUAUAUUGAGUAGUAAAUUGGUGUGUGACAUGUACCAUUCAAGUUGGUUUAUGUACUUCCAACCCUACACUGCCCAUAAUGUUGCAUUAUGGGUAAUGAAUCUGGCCAGAUAUGAUUAACACUAGUUGUUGAGGACUUGAGGUUGGGCUAUAAAGGCUGCCAGUUCGUUUCCCCUUUAAAGGGAUGGUCCGGGAUGAAAAUAUUUAUAGUAUCUAUAUAAAUGGAGUAAAACUCACAGAGCAAAAUGCAGAAAAUUCAUCAAAAUCGGAUAACAAAUGACAAAGUUGUUGUAUUGGACAUCCCAUUGUUCAGAGAGUACCUUACACUCUCUUGUGAUUGUAAAGUAAAACAAUCACACAAAAAUUACCAAUACAACCUACAAUGUAGCUUUACAUGUAUCUACCAUAUAUAGACAAGAGGUUAAAAACAGCAUACUUUUAAGAGGUUUUUUCAUGAAUAGAUAAAGGUUAUAUUGUAUCUGAUAUUUACACUAUACAGCAUUUACAUUUGAAAUUAACGAUAGAUUUUAUUUUGUCAGAGCACAAAGAUUUAUAAAGUCCAAGCACAAAAAUUUAAUAAUAAAAUUAGUUACUGGUUGUCUGUUUAUGUUUAAUAAUUUUCUUGCGCUUACAUUUCUAUUAAUCACGAGUAGAGAAAUGGAAUUUAUCAUUUUCUUUCAUCAGAUAUGUGUCAUUAGUCUUAUAACUUGAAAACUUGGUACCUAUUCAUUGGUGAUUAUAUUUGAAUAAUAUGAUGAUUAUAUUUUACCAAAAUGAAAUCAUUAAAGUAGAGAGAAUGUAAUUGUAAUGUGUCAUUGGAUCUUAAAAAGAUGAAAAAUGUGCACCUAUUUAACUGUAGUCUUUUUAUAUUUCAGCAAUAUUAUGAAUUAUCUAAUUACAUAUUAUCCAAAGCAAUCAUUUAUUCACUAUCCAAUACAGUAUGUGUGUAUGUUGUAGCAAUAAAUGCAAUAUAAUGUCAUAUACUA